AUGUCGACGUGGCACAUGUUCUCCGACGCCGCCGACAAUUUCCGGUGGCGAUUCUCCGCUCCGGACCCCAACACCAGGCCGCCGGACGCCGCCUUCUAUACCGGCAACGAAAAUCUCAGCUCAAGCGCUCGCUUGCCUUCCAUGGCCGACCUGUUGCUUCAAGGCUGCUCAAAGCUCGCGGCGGAGAGUCAGAUGAGUCACGGCGGACUCGGCAGAUCCGUCUCCGUCAAGCCGUCUUCCUUAGCCAAAGCAGCUUCGCUUCUGGGGGCCUCCGAUUCAGGCCGAAUGAGAGGUAGUGGAGGAGAGAUUAGAGGUGAUGGUUUCGGUGAUUCGCUUUUCCAGACUGCCUCUGGGAAGAUGGUUAAUAUAUCUUCCAAAGGUCUUGUCAAGGCCAAGAAAUUGCUUAGUUUGGAAGAUGAGAAUGAGGACUGUAGUCUUUUUUCGGGGUUCAACAUUGGUGGGGUUAAGGAUGCUGCAUCGGUUUCAAGGUCUUCGGUGAAUCAUAUGACUGGUUCGGUGCAAAGUGGGUUGACGGAUGUGUCCAAUCUGAGUUCUGUGCAAGCUCAAGUGCCUAGUUUGGCUUGUACACCUUCAUCAGUGAAGCUACAUACACCCGGAGGAAGAUCUACUUCUGUUUCUACUGAUGGAUGUAUGGCUGGUUCCAUGCAGAGUAGAUGUAAGAAUGAGUUUGAUCAGAGAUUUAUGCAAUCCGAGAUGACUAAUUCAGUUUCCACACCUUCAUCAGUCCAGUUACCUACACCCAGUUCAAUUGAUGCACACAAGACUGGUUUGGUGCAAAGUAGAUUUAAGAAUGAGUCCAAGCUAAAUCAUUUGCAAUCCAAAAUGCCUAGCUCAGCUUCUACUCCUUCAUCAUCCAAGCUACUUGCAGCAGGAGGAAGCUCCGAAUGUCUUUCCACUGAUCCACAUAAGACUGGUUCAGUGCAAAGUGGAGUUACAAAUGUGACUGAUCUGAGUGUUAUGCGAUUCCAGAAGCCUAAUAUAGCACCCAAACCUUCAUCAAUCAAAUUCAGUACAGCUGGAGGAAGAUCUAUAUCUGUAUCCACUGAUGCACUACAACGUGCUAGGAAUCUCCUUGGUGAUCCAGACUUGGGAACUCUCCUGGAUGAGGGGAAUUCAGACAUGGAUCUGACAUUUUCAAAAGGUUGUGAACAUGAUAGUCACACUGCCUCUUCCCACCAGAAAAAGCCAAAGUCCAAAUUUUUAACAAAGAGUUUUGUAUCUCCACUGCAAUCAUCGACUAAUCAAGUGCAGACAUCAGCAGUCAAGUCAGAUAGUACAAAUUGGGGCACUAACCUGAUCAGCCAAUUCGAUGUUGUUAGCAAUGAAAAUGCCCGCAGGUCAAAUGGUGAGUUACCUUGUGGCAAAAAACCCUUCAGCAACAAACCUUGUACUCUCACUACAGCAGAGAACAAUUAUUUGGCAAAUGGUAAUGGUGAAAGGAUUGAUCCUGUUGAAAGGUCACUAGCCAAGCCAUUGGUGGAUAUUUCAAAUACCAUUGGCACCUCUCCUCUGAGUAAUAUACGAAUGGCUGGUGUAAAGAGGAAGCUAGGAGGGAAUUCUGUUUCUUCAUUCAAGAAGCCUCGCAUUUCUAACUUCUCCACCCCAUUGCAUAGGAAUGUUCCACUCGUUCCUAAUGGUUUGUCUACUUUUCCCUCUGACCAUUCAAGUUUCAAAGGAAGGGUUUCUACUCGAUAUCCUGUCCUGGUGGCUAGAAUGCCUUUGAAAAAGUAUUUUGGAAUGCCACCAUCAGAUCAAACCAUGGUGGACUGCAUGUCAGAUCAGGUGAGAAGAGUUACAGCAAUUAAUGCAGAAAACUACAUGUUUCCUGAUGAAUCUGGCUUAAACUACGUAGGAGCAGAAGCUGUUAUGCACAUUUUGGCUUCUUCGGGAGCCUCAACAAAAAAUACUUUCAGAGAGUGGGUCAUAAAUCACUACAAGUGGAUUGUCUGGAAACUGUCUUGUUAUGAGAGAUGCUAUCCCACUAAAGCUUUAGGAAAAUUUUUGACGCUGCCCAAUGUGCUUGAAGAACUGAAGUAUAGAUAUGAAAGAGAAGUGAAUCAUGGUCACCGCUCUGCAAUUAAGAAAAUACUGGAAGGAGAUGCGUCACCUUCUUCAAUGUUGGUCUUAUGCAUUUCAGCUAUCCGCACAAAACAUGGCCCAAAUAUAGAGACUAGCUCAGGAGCUGAAAAUAGUAGUGCUGCAAAAGUUGAACUUACUGAUGGGUGGUAUUCAGUGGAUGCUAUUCUGGAUGCUCUCCUAUCAAAGCAGCUCGCUAGUGGAAAAUUGUUUGUCGGACUGAAACUUCGGAUUUGGGGAGCAGGACUCUGCGGCUGGGUUGGGCCUAUUUCACCCCUCGAGGUGUCAAGAGAAGUUAUGUUACGGCUACACAUAAAUGGCACAUAUAGAGCUCACUGGGAUGAUCGAUUGGGAUUUUGCAACCGUGUUGGCCCUCCCUUAGCAUUUAAGUGCAUCAAGAGCGAUGGGGGUCUAAUUCCUUGGACUCUUGUAGGAGUCACACGGAUUUACCCUGUUUUAUACAAAGAAAGGUUAAGUAAUGGAAGAUCUGUUGUGAGAUCAGAGAGGUUGGAGACCAAAAUGAUGCAAUCUUAUAGCCAGAGGCGCUCUAAUGUUAUUGAGGGCAUUAUCUCUGAGUUCCAAAGAGGACUAGAACAUUCACAUACAUGUAAUGAGAGAGACAGUGAAGGAGCAAAACUUUUGAGGAUACUAGAGACAGCUGCUGAACCUGAAGUUUUGAUGGCGGAGAUGAGUACAGAACAAUUGAAUUCUUUUACCAAAUAUCGAGCAAAGUUAGAGGCAAUCAAGCAGUCAGACAUGGAGAAAUCAAUUACGAAAGCACUAGAAGAUGCUGGAUUAGCUGAGAGGGAAGUGAUGCCAUUAAUGAGGGUGAGGGUAGUUGGAUUAACUAGAAGCUUAUGUAAAGGAAAAGACAGUCCUAAAGAAGGACUAAUAACAAUCUGGAACCCGUCAGAGCAGCAGAAGUCUGAGUUGGUUGAGGGGCAAGCAUAUACUGUUUCUGACCUUAUACCAACAAGUCCGGCUGCUGAUAUUCUAUACUUGCUAGGAAGAGGAUCCAAAACAAAGUGGAAGCCCUUAUGUCAGCAGACAAUGGACAACUUCAGGCCCUUUUUCAGUCCUCGCAAAUCAAUGUUAUUGUCAGAUUUUGGUCAAGUUCCUCUUUCCAGUGAAUUUGAUAUUGCUGCAUUCGUGCUGUUUGUGGGGGAUGUUUAUAUAGCGGGUCACCAGAAGAAACAGUGGGUGUUUGUGACAGAUGGUUCCAUUUCUGAAUCAAAAUCAGAAGGACUAAACGAUUCUUUACUUGCCAUCUGCUUCUGUUCACCGCAUGUUGAUGAUCAGUCAGAUCCUCCUUUAAACUACAACCUCGCAGGUUCAACGGUUGGUUUUUGUAAUCUCAUCAAGAGAGCAAAGGACCAAAUGAAUGCUCUUUGGGUAGCUGAAGCUACAGAAAACUCGGCAUACUUUUUGAGUUUUGACUCUCGACAUUGUUCACAUCUCAAAGAUGCUGCUGCCUCUGCUGAAAGAUGGGGCAGGAUCUCUAGCUUGAUGAUCAAUAGACUCAAGGAGAGGGUUCAAUUUAUUAUUGGUAAAGGGUAGAUUGUGAAAGGAGCUCAUUUCAAAUGUAUAUUUUCGUCUAGCAUUCA